AUGGAGGCGCGGGAGCUGUACUGGGAGGCGAUCGCCGGCAAGGGAUCGGGGUCGGAGUUGAAGCAGGCGGAGGAGUUGCUGGUGAGGAGCGUGGAGAAAAAUGGUGUGGUAGGGGAGCCGCGCGUGGUGCUGGCGCAGGUUUAUCUGAGUGGAGGAAGGUUCGAGGAGGCGGAGAGGGAAGCGGCGAUUGGGCUGAGGCUGAUUUUGGAGUGGGGGAGCGCGUGGGAUAAGCGGGUGUCUUGGGAAGGUUGGGUUGCUUGGGCCAGGAUUCUGCUGAUGAAGGCUAAAGAGAAGUUCUGGCCCAACACCGCUUGGGGCGUCUCCAGUUUGGGCCUCGUCAGGUAG